GAAGGUUGCGGCAGGAUGGCCCAGUUUGUGACCCACAUCCAGCCCACGCUGAUGGAGGCGUCCCAAGGUCAUGUGCCCCACCAUCACGGACAUCAGGUGGGUGUGCAGCACUCGUCGCAUCUUCCCCACAGCGGUCACAACAUGCCCUCGCCGCCCACCCACAAUCACCACCAUGGCCAUGGACAUGGUCACCACACCACCAGUGGUGGUGGUCAUCAUGGAGGAGCAAGUGGAGGCGGUGGUCACUCGCAGAAGCAGUCGCACCACCCCACCACCGGCCACGCCCCCAAGGCUCCGCACCACAGCCCGCCCUCGAGGAUCCACUCACCGCCGACGGAGCACCAUCCGGAGCAAGUGGGCCACUACGAGUACUUCCAGCAUCAGCACGAGCAGAUCUUCCACCACGAAGGAGCCAAUGGUGGUGCCCACCACAAGCGGGAGCAGCACCACCACCACCAUCCCAACAAGCACGAGCACUGCCCCACAGGACACCAGAGUGCGGGCGAUGGAAACACUUCCUUUCUGCGUGCCGCUCGCGCUGGAAAUUUGGAGCGAGUGCUCGAGCAUUUGAAGAACAACAUUGACAUCAAUACCAGCAAUGCGAAUGGCUUAAAUGCCCUGCACCUGGCUUCCAAGGAUGGCCACAUCCACGUCGUCUCGGAACUGCUUCGUCGGGGGGCGAUUGUGGACAGUGCCACCAAGAAGGGCAACACCGCCCUCCACAUCGCCUCAUUGGCUGGGCAGGAGGAGGUGGUGAAGCUGCUGCUGGAGCACAACGCCUCCGUGAAUGUGCAAUCCCAGAAUGGAUUCACUCCCCUCUACAUGGCCGCCCAGGAGAACCACGAUGCGGUGGUGCGUCUCCUUUUGUCCAACGGGGCCAACCAGAGUCUGGCCACCGAGGAUGGCUUCACCCCGCUGGCGGUGGCCAUGCAGCAGGGUCACGACAAGGUGGUCGCCGUGCUCCUCGAGAGCGACACCAGGGGAAAGGUCAGGCUUCCAGCGCUGCAUAUUGCCGCCAAAAAAGACGAUGUCAAGGCAGCAACCCUGCUGCUAGAUAAUGACCACAAUCCGGACGUGACCUCCAAGUCGGGCUUCACACCUCUCCACAUUGCCUCUCACUAUGGCAACCAGAACAUCGCCAACUUGCUCAUCCAAAAGGGAGCCGAUGUCAACUACUCGGCCAAGCACAACAUCAGUCCGCUCCAUGUGGCCGCCAAGUGGGGCAAGACCAACAUGGUAUCGCUGCUCCUGGAGAAGGGUGGCAACAUCGAGGCCAAGACCCGGGAUGGACUCACUCCGCUCCACUGUGCCGCUCGCUCGGGACACGAGCAAGUGGUGGACAUGCUGCUCGAGAGGGGAGCUCCCAUCUCUGCCAAGACCAAGAACGGCUUGGCACCCCUCCAUAUGGCCGCCCAGGGUGAGCACGUGGAUGCCGCCCGCAUCCUGUUGUAUCAUCGUGCUCCCGUCGACGAGGUGACCGUUGACUAUCUGACCGCCCUCCAUGUGGCCGCCCACUGUGGUCACGUGAGGGUGGCUAAGCUUCUACUGGACCGGAAUGCGGACGCCAAUGCAAGGGCCUUGAAUGGGUUCACCCCGUUGCACAUUGCCUGCAAGAAGAAUCGCUUGAAGGUGGUGGAGCUGCUCCUGCGACAUGGGGCCAGCAUCAGUGCCACCACGGAGAGCGGACUGACUCCGCUCCAUGUGGCCGCCUUCAUGGGCUGCAUGAACAUCGUCAUCUAUCUGCUGCAGCACGAUGCCAGUCCCGAUGUGCCCACUGUGCGCGGCGAGACUCCACUGCACUUGGCCGCCAGGGCUAACCAGACCGACAUCAUUCGCAUCCUGCUGCGCAAUGGCGCCCAGGUGGACGCCCGUGCCCGGGAGCAGCAGACGCCGCUGCACAUCGCCUCACGGUUAGGAAACGUGGACAUCGUGAUGCUCCUCCUCCAGCACGGCGCUCAGGUGGACGCCACUACCAAGGACCUGUACACGGCACUGCACAUCGCCGCCAAGGAGGGCCAGGAUGAGGUGGCCGCUGUGCUGAUUGAGAACGGCGCCGCCUUGGACUCCGCCACCAAGAAGGGAUUCACGCCACUCCACUUGACGGCCAAGUAUGGACACAUCAAGGUGGCCCAGCUGCUGCUCCAGAAGGAGGCGGAUGUGGAUGCGCAGGGCAAGAAUGGGGUCACUCCAUUGCAUGUGGCUUGCCACUAUAACAACCAGGCGGUUGCCCUGUUGCUCCUGGAGAAGGGAGCCAGUCCACAUGCCACGGCCAAGAAUGGACACACCCCGCUCCACAUUGCGGCGCGAAAGAAUCAGAUGGAUAUAGCCACUACCCUGCUGGAGUACGGUGCCUUGGCCAAUGCCGAGAGCAAAGCCGGAUUCACCCCGCUGCACUUGAGCAGCCAGGAGGGUCAUGCCGAGAUCUCCAAUCUGCUCAUCGAGCACAAGGCCGCCGUCAAUCACCCGGCCAAGAAUGGCCUGACACCCAUGCACCUGUGUGCCCAGGAGGAUAAUGUAAAUGUGGCCGAGAUUCUGGAGAAGAAUGGAGCCAACAUCGACAUGGCCACCAAGGCGGGUUACACUCCCCUGCAUGUCGCCUCUCACUUUGGACAGGCCAACAUGGUGCGUUUCCUGCUCCAGAAUGGAGCCAAUGUGGAUGCGGCCACCUCGAUUGGAUACACUCCACUGCAUCAGACCGCCCAGCAGGGCCAUUGUCAUAUUGUCAACCUCCUCCUGGAGCACAAGGCCAAUGCCAAUGCCCAGACGGUCAACGGACAGACGCCUCUGCACAUUGCCCGCAAGUUGGGCUACAUUAGUGUCCUGGACUCGUUGAAGACCAUCACCAAGGAGGACGAGGCAGCCGCUGCUCCUGCCCAAGCCGAGGAGAAGUACCGCGUGGUGGCUCCCGAGGCCAUGCACGAGUCCUUCAUGUCCGACUCCGAGGAAGAGGGCGGCGACACUAACUGGCAACUGGACGCUGGCUACGAGUACGGCUUUGGCCCGGUCUAUCUGCCGUACUACCAGGGCGACAAACUGUGUGUCUCCAGCGAAGACAAUAUGCUAUCAGAUCAACCAUACCGCUAUUUGACCGUUGACGAAAUGAAAUCCCUAGGCGACGACUCGCUACCGAUCGAUGUGACCCGUGACGAGCGCAUGGACUCCAACCGGAUGACCCAGAGCACCGAGUAUGCCUCUGGAGUUCCGCCCACCAUCGGCGAGGAGGUGAUCAGUCCCCACAAGACCCAGGUGUACGGCAGCUCGCCCAAGGCCACUGUGGAUGGGGUGUACAUUGCCAAUGGAUCUGGUCACGAUGAGCCGCCGCAUGUGGGCCGCAAGCUGAGCUGGAAGAGCUUCCUGGUUUCCUUCCUGGUCGAUGCCCGUGGAGGAGCCAUGCGAGGCUGUCGCCACAGUGGCGUCCGCAUGAUCAUCCCCUCGAGGUCCACCUGUCAGCCGACCAGGGUCACCUGUCGCUAUGUGAAGCCGCAGCGCACCAUGCAUCCGCCCCAGUUGAUGGAGGGUGAGGCCCUGGCCAGUCGUGUCCUGGAACUGGGUCCUUGCUCCACCAAGUUCAUUGGACCGGUGAUAAUGGAGGUGCCGCACUUUGCCUCGCUGCGCGGCAAGGAGCGCGAGAUCAUAAUCCUGCGCUCGGACAACGGGGAAACAUGGCGGGAGCACACCAUCGACAACUCCGAGGAGAUCAUACACGAUGUCCUGCAGCAGUGCUUUGAGCCAGAGGAGAUUGCCCAACUGGAGGAGCAGGCUGGCAACCAUGUCUGCCGCUUCGUCACCUAUGACUUCCCCCAGUACUUUGCCGUCGUGUCGCGCAUCCGCCAGGAGGUCCAUGCUAUUGGACCGGAGGGCGGCAUGGUGUCCAGCACCGUGGUGCCACAGGUGCAGGCCGUCUUCCCACAGGGAGCCCUCACCAAGAAGAUCAAAGUCGGCUUACAGGCCCAGCCGGUCGAUCCCGAUCUCACCGCCAAGCUUUUGGGUCGCGGCGUGGCCGUGUCACCGAUUGUUACGGUCGAGCCGCGGCGCCGUAAAUUCCACAAGGCCAUCACCCUCAGCAUGCCCGCCCCCAAGGCUCACAGCCAGGGGAUGAUCAAUCAGUACUCGGGCAACACGCCCACCCUGCGACUGCUAUGCUCCAUAACAGGUGUGUUUCGGAAAAGGUCUCUAAAAGGCGGACCGUCCCGAGCUCAAUGGGAGGAUGUCACCGGUUCCACGCCCCUGACAUUUGUCAACGACUGUGUCUCCUUUACGACCACUGUGUCAGCUCGAUUUUGGCUGAUGGAUUGCCGCAAUAUCUCGGAUGCCACCAAAAUGGCCACCGAGCUGUACAAGGAAGUUAUUCAUGUACCGUUCAUUGCCAAGUUUGUGGUGUUCGCCAAGAAGAUCGAACCCUUUGAGGCAAGACUACGAGUCUUCUGCAUGACCGACGAUCGUGAGGAUAAAACCCUGGAGAAACAUGAGCUCUACACAGAAGUGGCCAAGAGCCGUGAUGUUGAGGUGCUCGAGGGUAAGCCUCAGUACAUCGAGAUGGCCGGAAACUUGGUACCCGUGACCAAAUCGGGCGACCAGCUGCAGUUGCAGUUCAAGGCCUUCCGCGAGAACCGUCUGCCCUUCACAGUUCGCGUUAAGGAUCAGCAUGCUGACAUAGUUGGUCGCACCUUGUUCAUGAAAGAACCGAAGGUAGCCAAGGGUGAGCCUCCACAACAGCCCAUCUGCAUCUUAAACAUCGUACUUCCGGAGGCCGUUAUACCCGACUCCACUACCGCCUUCUCGGACCGAGUCACCUCUGCAUACAGGACCUCGAUGUUCAGUUUGAGCAAGCAUCAAAAUGACCAUUACAUUGGCGACAUUCGCAUAGUUGAUCUGUCCAACCUUUUGGGUAAGGAUUGGAUUCAGCUGGCCCCGGAGAUUGGCAUCAAUGCAGAGGAAAUUGACGAGAUCAUUAACCAAAACACCGAUAGCAUUGCCAGGCAGGCACAGAGCAUGAUCCGCCUCUAUAAGGACAAACCCAACUACGAUAUCCUUUUGUUGGAAACGGCUCUCAAAAACAUUGGACGGGACGACAUUAUGAAGAAGUGCAAAAGUGGACGACUAUCCCAUUCGCGCGAGUUCGAUGAAACGGACAUCAUGAAAAACUCGGAGUCCGUAGAGGAGCUGGUUCGCAGAGAAAGCAAGCGAAUCCAGCAAAUCAACGAACGCGAGGAAGUCAAGUACUCUGCCGAGGAGAAGGAAGUCGAGGAAUCCGAGUCCGAUGAGGAAGCUGCCAAGCGAACGGUUGCCGAACGGCGUGAGAAGAUUGUCAAGCGUCUGUCAGUAGAACGAUCCAUUCCGGCCUCAACCCAGAAGAGAGAGAUCACCCGCGAAAUAACCGAAAUCAAGCGGAAAAGUCUUAUCGAGGACAAGAAGGCACACCACGAAUCCGAGAUACUGAUGCAAUUGCCUGCUGAUAACGUAAUCAUCAAGACAACCACUGUACCCGAUCAAGUCAUCAAGAUGAAGAUGGGCAAGAUGGAUUCAACCGAAGUGAGCAAGAGCGAGUUCGACAAGGAACUGACGCACAAGUUUAAGACAUCCGGGCGCAGCUCAGAGGAGGAAGACCAGCCAUCAUCCCCAGAUCAGACUGACAAGAUUGUGCAGGACAUCAGUGCCGCCGAGAAGAAGGAAAAGGAUGGCGUGACCUUCAGUCGGGUGACGACGAUUACCCGUCAAGAAGCCCGUGAUAUCACCGAGGACUUCCUGGAGUUCGAAAAACGCAGCCAACUUCCAGUAACUUCCACCACCGCAACAGUUCACGAGAAGUUCGUGGAGGAGGUUAAAGAGAAGACCAGCCCUCUGGCCUCAGUACCACAGGAAACCGUCAAAGAGGUCCAGCAAGUCAUAAGCGAGGUGACCGAAAUUGCUAGCAAGAAGGUUGAAAACAUUAUUAGCUCCUUUGAAAGUACCAAACCUGCGGAGGCUACUGCUAUCCUGCCAACUCAGUCUACUGUCGAAUCAUCAAAGGUCAGCGAGACCAUUAAAAACCUGGAGGAGGCCAAGACCGUGACUCAGGAGCAAGUGAAGCAUGUCCAAGUCAUCGAGAGCUCAAGUAUUGAGGAAACAAUUGCGGAAUUCGAAGCCAAAAAGGUUAAAUACGACUUCCAUGGCGGCGAGCCCAAAACCCAGAUCCCGAAGUUCACUCGUAAGCCCAGCGAUGACUCAAUGAAGCCCACAGCAGCGCCACGUGCUACAGUUGAGCCCGAGAUUGAUUCAGUCAUAGAGGCUAAGUCCGAGAAACCAAUCUCAAAAAUUCCAGUAAAGACAAUUACUACCGAAGCUCAGAAGGUUGGCGAAGCGGAUGCACGAAAGAUCACUCAAGACUUCUUGCAGGGCGAGAAACUAGCUGCCGAGCCCAAGGCAACUCCAGCUGCCAGCAAGAUUCCCAAGGUGGAGCCAAGAAAAUCAGUGGAGAAGCAGGUCGACCGGGAGUCAAAGAUCCUGGAUGAUGUUGUGGCCUCUACGGCAACCAUUAUGACCGCAGGUCUGGGUGACGAAAAGCUCAAGGAGAAACCCGUCGAACAGUCUGAGAUUAUCGCCAAGGCCGAGACUGUCACCGAAAAAGUAACCGAGCUGCUUGACACAUUCCACAAGAUCGAGGAGAAGGUUGUAAAGUCUGAGAAGACCUCCGAAGUUUCGAGCAAAUUGGAGGACUUAGUCAAGGUCGAAGACAAACCGCUAGCGCAGGUUCAACCGAAAGAGGAUAAGGUGGCUGAAAAGGUGGCCGAGGUCGUUGAAACAUUCCACAAGAUCGAGGAGCAGAUCACUACCGCCGAAGCUCGCAAGCUUACCCACGAUUUCCUUAGCAUGGAACAGCAAUCCCAACUGCCGAGCAUUCCACAAGCCUCUGAGAAACCCAUUGAAUCCAGUCUGACAUCCACGAGUGCAUCGGAACCGGAAUCAAUCAUCACAGUGAAAGCUUCACCGCCAGCCAGUAAGAUACCAGUGGUGGAGCCCAGAAAGUCCCUUAUCGAGGAAACUCCAAAGCCUUUGAUCCAACCUGAGCCUGUGAAGGCGACUGAAAAGAAACCUCUGAAUGAGCGACAGCUUACCGCUGAUUUCUUAAGCAUGGAGCAGCAAACGCAACUGUUUUCUGAGCCUGCCAAAACGCUUGUUGAUGAGGUGACGAAGGCCGCCGAGCAAAUUGUGGAGCAGCCCAAGCAGCCGAAGACACUUAAUGAACGUCAGCUUACAGAGGAUUUCCUGAUCAUGGAACAGCAGACACAACUGCCGUCAAAGGUCAUCAGCAGUGAAGCCAAGACCACAGAUAAACUUAUCGAUGGCAUUGAGUCAGCGGCUCCAGUAGGGGAUAAUGCAUCACCAUUCGACACUCCAAAGGUGACUACCAGUGUGGUGACCCAGGAGCCACAGCAUCUGGCGACUGAAUAUGAUAGUGACACCUUUGGCAAGCGGGCCACCGUUCCACUGAGAGAGUCUAUCAAAGAGGAGGGGCUAACUGCUCCAAUAUCCGUUGAGCCAAGAAAGUCACUGACCGAUGCCGAGUUCUGCAAGUCGGUUGGUGAAACUAUUACCAAGAAGAUGAGCGUGGGAGUGAUUGAAAUAUCCGAUGAGCUCAAGAAAAUGGAGAGCGAAAUUCCGCACUCCCAGACUCCACCACCCACCCCAAGUGACACAAAAACCGAUAAGCAGAACGAGGAGCCAGAACUGAUCAGCUUAGAACGUGAUUACCUGGCUGAUACGGUGACCACUCUGCACACAACCACAGAGUCGACCCUUGAACGCGUCUCUGCCAUUACCAAAAUUGAGCACUUCAGUGUUCAUAAUGUAAAAACCGAAACCUUUACAAGAACAGAUGAACCUGAUAAGCUGCUUAAUAGUGUGGUAGCUCUCCCCGAUAUUCCAAAAUUGUACUCACAAGACACUACCUCAUUUACAGAAAUGAGUACAAGUAGUCAAACCCCGAAGAUGACAACAACGACGACCCUGACAGCACAAAUAGAUCGCACCAAAGUAGACUUAACUAUUCCAGAGAAAGAUCAGCUGAAGAAGGAGCUAAAGGAUCAGCCCGCAGUAGAAGUAGAUGCAGAAGCAGAGAAAACUGCCAGUGAUAGGGAGUACUUAGAGCAAAUAAUGGGCUGUGGUGAUGUCAGACGCAAGAUAAUGCGUUUGGAAAGCAGUGGCAGCACAGAAUCAGUGGAUUCAAUUGGCAAGCAAACCGCUGUCACUCCCAAAUACAUAGGUGACAAUGUGCCAGUGGUGCGAGAGGUGGUGCAGAGCAUUGAGGAUAAGAUCUGCGGUACAGUGGUGUCGGCUAUUCCAUUUACAGUGCAGAAACGGCAGCCUCAUGAAGAUGAUAAAGAACCAGAUGUAGUAGAGCUAGAAAGGCAAAUACUUACGUCAGCUGAUUUGGCCCUGGAAAAGUUGACCAGGUGUGAGCCGCCCGCUGAGGUGGUAAAGAUUUCACCUAUAGAGGCCAUGGCUAUUGGCCUUAAAGAGAUUGAUGAAGAAGUUUGUGAAAAAGUUUGUGAGAAGCGCAAGUCCUUUGUGGUAGCUGAAGACUUAUAUAAAACGGAAAAGACUUUAACAGAACAGGUAAUAGAUUUAAAUAGGGAAGUAGAACAGGUACCUGCAAAGAUUUUAACUGAAGCUGUUGAGGAGCACUUAGACUUAGAAGAUACGGAUGUCAUAGAAGUUUUACCAAAGGUUAGGGAAGUCGUGCAGGACAUUGAACGGAGAUACCCCACUGCGAGUCUAGAGGCAAAGCCUUUUAGUCCUCGAAAACGAUCGACCCAAGACCGUAAAGCUGAUGUUUCGUCCAUAGACCAGCAGAUUUUAAGCGAAGCCGAUUUGAUUUUAGAUGGUUUGGGCUCUAAGCGCAUACCAGAAAAAGUGCAAACGCCCGUUUUUUCCACGGAAAAGACGAGCACCAGUACUGAAAACCUGGAAGACGUGUGUGAAAAGAAGUGCUCAAAGCGCACAAUCUCAGAUAUGGCAAAGGUCUUUGAAAGGCAAGGAGACGCAGAAAUUUUACCAACAGUUGAAAAUGUCAAGUCGACAACGGCCAAGUUCCUAGAGCAUGAGUCCGUAGUAUUCAAUAUAACGGAAAGUAUUAAAGAGUUCGAAGCCAAGAGUAUUUUACAUGAAGGACUAACGGAGAUUGCAGAAAGUCAAAUAAGGUUUUUAACAGAAUGUGAUAAACAAGAAUUUCCAUUAGAAUCUAUAAGGGAUACUAAACUCGUAGAAUUUCCAAAAAUUGCACACACCCUUGAACGAUUACAUUCCAUUUCCAAAUCUGACGUUCAGGAUACAAAGCAGUUUGUCCACGUAGCUAGUGAGCAUGAAGCGAAAAUGGAUAAACUCGUUUACCAGAGUGAACAACUAAUAGCACAAAAAGGUAACCAAAACCUAGAAAUGGAUGUUAAUGUCAAGUUUCCAACACACGAAAUACCAGACGAGCUUCAGAAGCACCAGUACUUGGCCACCAUUAACUCUGAACUGGCAACAAUGACUGACUACACGCAGAAUAAGUUUCCAUCUGAUGUGAAAACCUAUUUAGAUAACCAACCAAUUGAAAGUGAUAGUGACGAAGAGCUGGACAAUCUAAAAACAAUAAACAAACUAAAACAUUUGUCGAAAAUUGAGCAAGUAUCUAUUGUAGACUCAUCUAGGAUAGUCGACACUACUCAUAAUAAAGAAAUGACCAGGUUUCCGACAGCAAGCGUUAUACCCAGUGACUCUUAUGGCAAAUGCAAGUCAAAUGAGUCCGUAAUAACUAAUACAAAAGAAUAUUCCAAAAUUGAAAGUGGGGAACAGCUUGACAUUUCUAAACCUCAAAACAAGAAUGUUACACAGCCAACAGCUAGGGGAACUCCUUUUAUCAGUGAUGUGGAUAAAUCUCCUCUUCAAUCUGAUGAAAAACAAAAGUUUCCUGAGGAAAAAGACGAAAAGGUUCCAACUAAUCUAGAAGACAAGCCCAACUUACCAAUUGAAUCAGUAAAGCCUAGUCCAAAAGAGUAUUCGGACGAUGAAAGUGAUGAAGAGGUCACAAUUCCUAGGCCCCAAGACAAGCCUGUUAUCCAGCCAACUCCUUCGAUAACUCCUUUAAUCAGUGGAGCAGAUAAAUCACCUCUUCAACCCGAUGACAAACCAAAGUCUCUUGAGCAAAAAGACGAAAAGGUCCCAACUAAUCUAGAAGACAGGCCCAAAUCACCGAUUGAAUCAGUAAAGCCUUGUCCAAAAGAGUAUUCUGACGAUGAAAGUGAAGAAGAGUUCACAAUUCCUAGGCCCCAAGACAAACCUGUUAGUGAACCAACUCCGUCGGUAACUCCUUUCACUAGCGCUUCAGAUAAAAUCCUUCUUAAAGAUGACCUAAAGCCCAAGGAAGUUACCACAUUCAAGGCCGAAGAAACCUUAACCACAAUUCAAUCCAGCAUUAAAUCCGCAAGCACUAUUGUUGAAUCGGUAGACAGCAAGAUCAGCAAACCUUUAGAUCCUUUUGCAUUCUUGAAAGAUGAUAAGAUCCCAACUUCAUUAGGUGACAAGCCCAAGUCCCCCAUUGAGACAGUUAAGACUAUUCCAAAAGAGUAUUCGGACGAUGAAUGUAACGAAGAGUUCGGAAUACCUAGGCCCCAAGACAAACCUGUUAGUAAACCAACUCCUUCGGUAACUCCUUCCACUAGCGCUUCAGAUAAAAUCCUUGUUGAAGAUGACAUAAGGCCCAAGGAAGUUACCACUUUCAAGGCCGAAGAAACUUUAACCACAAUUCAAUCCAGCAUUAAGUCCGCAAGCACUAUUGUUGAAUCGGUAGACAGCAAGGUCAACAAACCUUUAGAUCCUUUUGCAAUCUUGAUAGAUGAUAAGAUCCCAACUUCAUUAGUAGACAAACCCAAGUCUCCCAUUGAGACAGUUAAGACCACUCCAAAAGAGUAUUCGGACGAUGAAAGUGACGAAGAUUUCGGAAUUCCUAGGCCCCAAGACAAGCCUGUUACCCAGCCAACUCCUUCGAUAGCUCCUUUAAUCAGUGUGGAAGAUAAAUCACCUCUUCAACCCGAUGACAAACCAAAGACUCUUGAGCAAAAAGAUGAAAAGGUCCCAACUAAUCUAGAAGACAAGCCCAUAUCACCGAUUCAACCGGUAAAGCCUAGUCCAACACAGUAUUCUGUCGAUGAAAGUGAUGAAGAGUUCACAAUUCCUAGGCCCCAAGACAAACCUGUUAGUGAACCAACUCCUUCGGUAACUCCUUUCACUAGCGCUUCAGAUAAAAUCCUUCUUAAAGAUGACCUAAAGCCCAAGGAAGUUACUACUUUCAAGGCCGAAGAACCUUUAACCACAAUUCAAUCCAGCGUUAAGUCCGCAAUCACUAUUGUUGAAUCGGUAGACAGCAAGAUCAGCAAACCUUUAGAUCCUUUUGCAAUCUUGAAAGAUGAUAAGAUCCCAACUUCAUUAGAAGACAAGCCCAAGUCCCCCUUUAAGACACUUAAGACCAUUCCAAAAGAGUAUUCGGACGAUGAAAGUGACGAAGAGUUCGGAAUUCCUAGGCCCCAAGACAAGCCUGUUACUCAGCCAAUUCCUUCGAUAGCUUCGUUAAUCAGUGGGGCAGAUAAAUCACCUCUUCAACCUUAUGACAAACCAAAGUCUCUUGAGCAAAAAGACGAAAAGGUCCCAACUAAUGUAGAAGACAAGCCCAAAUCACCGAUUGAAUCAGUAAAGCCUAGUCCAAAAGAGUAUUCUGACGAUGAAAGUGAUGAAGAGUUCACAAUUCCUAGGCCCCAAGACAAACCUGUUAGUGAACCAACUCCGUCGGUAACUCCUAUUACUAGCGCUUCAGAUAAAAUCCUUCUUAAAGAUGACCUAAAGCCCAAGGAAGUUACCACUUUCAAGGCCGAAGAAACUUUAACCACAAUUCAAUCCAACAUUAAGUCCGCAAGCACCAUUGUUGAAUCGGUAGACAGCAAGAUCAGCAAACCCUUAGACCCUUUUACAAUCUUGAAAGACGAUAAGAUCCCAACUUUAUUAGAUGACAAGCCCAAGACCCCCAUUGAGACAGUUAAGACCAUUCCAAAAGAGUAUUCGGACGAUGAAAGUGACGAAGAGUUUGGAAUUCCUAGGCCCCAAGACAAGCCUGUUACUCAGCCAACUCCUUCGAUAGCUCCGUUAAUCAGUGGGGCAGAUAAAUCACCUCUUCAACCCGAUGACAAACCCAAGUCUCUUGAGCAAGAAGACGAAAAGGUCCCAACUAAUGUAGAAGACAAGCCCAAAUCACCGAUUCAACCGGUAAAGCCUAGUCCAAAACAGUAUUCUGUCGAUGAAAGUGAUGAAGAGUUCACAAUUCCUAGGCCCCAAGACAAGCCUGUUAGUAAACCAACUCCGUCGGUAACUCCUUUUACUAGCGCUUCAGAUAAAAUCCUUCUUAAAGAUGACCUAAAGCCCAAGGAAGUUACCACUUUCAAGGCCGAAGAAACUUUAACCACAAUUCAAUCCAGCUUUAAAACCGCAAGCACCAUUGUUGAAUCGGUAGACAGCAAGAUCAGCAAACCUUUAGAUCAUUUUGCAAUCUUGAAAGAUGAUAAGAUCCCAACUUCAUUAGAUGACAAGCCCAAGUCCCCCAUUGAGACAGUUAAGACCAUUCCAAAAGAGUAUUCGGACGAUGAAAGUGAAGAAGAGUUCAGAAUUCCUAGGCCCCAAGACAAGCCUGUUAGCCAGCCAACUCCUUCGAUAGCUCCUUUAAUCAGUGUGGAAGAUAAAUCACCUCUUCAACCCGAUGACAAACCAAAGUCCCUUGAUCAAAAAGACGAAAAGGUCCCAACUAAUGUAGAAGACAAGCCCAAGUCACCGAUUGAAUCAGUAAAGCCUAGUCCAAAAGAGUAUUCUGACGAUGAAAGUGAUGAAGAGUUCACAAUUCCUAGGCCCCAAGACAAACCUGUAAGUGAACCAACUCCGUCGGUAACUCCUUUCACUAGCGCUUCAGAUAAAAUCCUUCUUAAAGAUGACCUAAAGCCCAAGGAAGUUACCACUUUCAAGGCCGAAGAAACUUUAACCACAAUUCAAUCCAACAUUAAGUCCGCAAGCACCAUUGUUGAAUCGGUAGACAGCAAGAUCAGCAAACCUUUAGACCCUUUUACAAUCUUGAAAGACGAUAAGAUCCCAACUUCAUUAGAUGACAAGCCCAAGUCCCCCUUUGAGACAGUUAAGACCAUUCCAAAAGAGUAUUCGGACGAUGAAAGUGUCGAAGAGUUCGGAAUUCCUAGGCCCCAAGACAAGCCUGUUACUCAGCCAACUCCUUCGAUAGCUCCUUUAAUCAGUGUGGAAGAUAAAUCACCUCUUCAACCCGAUGACAAACCAAAGUCCCUUGAUCAAAAAGACGAAAAGGUCCCAACUAAUGUAGAAGACAAGCCCAAGUCACCGAUUGAAUCAGUAAAGCCUAGUCCAAAAGAGUAUUCUGACGAUGAAAGUGAUGAAGAGUUCACAAUUCCUAGGCCCCAAGACAAACCUGUAAGUGAACCAACUCCGUCGGUAACUCGUUUCACUAGCGCUUCAGAUAAAAUCCUUCUUAAAGAUGACCUAAAGCCCAAGGAAGUUACUACUUUCAAGGCCGAAGAACCUUUAACCACAAUUCAAUCCAGCGUUAAGUCCGCAAUCACUAUUGUUGAAUCGGUAGACAGCAAGAUCAGCAAACCUUUAGAUCCUUUUGCAAUCUUGAAAGAUGAUAAGAUCCCAACUUCAUUAGAUGACAAGCCCAAGUCCCCCUUUGAGACAGUUAAGACCAUUCCAAAAGAGUAUUCGGACGAUGAAAGUGUCGAAGAGUUCGGAAUUCCUAGGCCCCAAGACAAGCCUGUUACUCAGCCAACUCCUUCGAUAGCUCCGUUAAUCAGUGGGGCAGAAAAAUCACCUCUUCAACCCGAUGACAAACCAAAGUCUCUUGAGCAAGAAGACGAAAAGGUCCCAACUAAUGUAGAAGACAAGCCCAAAUCACCGAUUCAACCGGUAAAGCCUAGUCCAAAACAGUAUUCUGUCGAUGAAAGUGAUGAAAAGUUCACAAUUCCUAGGCCCCAAGACAAACCUGUUAGUAAAACAACUCCGUCGGUAACUCCUUUUACUAGCGCUUCAGAUAAAAUCCUUCUUAAAGAUGACCUAAAGCCCAAGGAAGUUACCACUUUCAAGGCCGAAGAAACUUUAACCACAAUUCAAUCCAACAUUAAGUCCGCAAGCACCAUUGUUGAAUCGGUAGACAGCAAGAUCAGCAAACCUUUAGACCCUUUUACAAUCUUGAAAGAUGAUAAGAUCCCAACUUCAUUAGAUGACAAGCCCAAGUCCCCCAUUGAGACAGUUAAGACCAUUCCAAAAGAGUAUUCGGACGAUGAAAGUGACGAAGAGUUCGGAAUUCCUAGGCCCCAAGACAAGCCUGUUACUCAGCCAAUUCCUUCGAUAGCUUCGUUAAUCAGUGGGGCAGAUAAAUCACCUCUUCAACCUGAUGACAAACCAAAGUCUCUUGAGCAAAAAGACGAAAAGGUCCCAACUAAUGUAGAAGACAAGCCCAAAUCACCGAUUGAAUCAUUAAAGCCUAGUCCAAAAGAGUAUUCUGACGAUGAAAGUGAUGAAGAGUUCACAAUUCCUAGGCCCCAAGACAAACCUGUAAGUGAACCAACUCCGUCGGUAACUCCUUUCACUAGCGCUUCAGAUAAAAUCCUUCUUAAAGAUGACCUAAAGCCCAAGGAAGUUACCACUUUCAAGGCCGAAGAAACUUUAACCACAAUUCAAUCCAACAUUAAGUCCGCAAGCACCAUUGUUGAAUCGGUAGACAGCAAGAUCAGCAAACCUUUAGACCCUUUUACAAUCUUGAAAGACGAUAAGAUCCCAACUUUAUUAGAUGACAAGCCCAAGACCCCCAAUGAGACAGUUAAGACCAUUCCAAAAGAGUAUUCGGACGAUGAAAGUGACGAAGAGUUUGGAAUUCCUAGGCCCCAAGACAAGCCUGUUACUCAGCCAACUCCUUCGAUAGCUCCGUUAAUCAGUGGGGCAGAUAAAUCACCUCUUCAACCCGAUGACAAACCAAAGUCUCUUGAGCAAGAAGACGAAAAGGUCCCAACUAAUGUAGAAGACAAGCCCAAAUCACCGAUUCAACCGGUAAAGCCUAGUCCAAAACAGUAUUCUGUCGAUGAAAGUGAUGAAGAGUUCACAAUUCCUAGGCCCCAAGACAAACCUGUUAGUAAACCAACUCCGUCGGUAACUCCUUUUACUAGCGCUUCAGAUAAAAUCCUUCUUAAAGAUGACCUAAAGCGCAAGGAAGUUACCACUUUCAAGGCCGAAGAAACUUUAACCACAAUUCAAUCCAGCUUUAAGUCCGCAAGCACCAUUGUUGAAUCGGUAGACAGCAAGAUCAGCAAACCUUUAGAUCCGUUUGCAAUCUUGAAAGAUGAUAAGAUCCCAACUUCAUUAGAUGACAAGCCCAAGUCGCCCUUUGAGACAGUUAAGACCAUUCCAAAAGAGUAUUCGGACGAUGAAAGUGACGAAGAGUUCGGAAUUCCUAGGCCCCAAGACAAGCCUGUUACUCAGCCAACUCCUUCGAUAGCUCCGUUAAUCAGUGGGGCAGAAAAAUCACCUCUUCAACCCGAUGACAAACCAAAGUCUCUUGAGCAAGAAGACGAAAAGGUCCCAACUAAUGUAGAAGACAAGCCCAAAUCACCGAUUCAACCGGUAAAGCCUAGUCCAAAACAGUAUUCUGUCGAUGAAAGUGAUGAAGAGUUCACAAUUCCUAAGCCCCAAGACAAACCUGUUAGUGAACCAACUCCGUCUGUAACUCCUUUUACUAGCGCUUCAGAUAAAAUCCUUCUUAAAGAUGACCUAAAGCCCAAGGAAGUUACCACUUUCAAGGCCGAAGAAACUUUAACCACAAUUCAAUCCAGCUUUAAGUCCGCAAGCACCAUUGUUAAAUCGGUAGACAGCAAGAUCAGCAAACCUUUAGAUCAUUUUGCAAUCUUGAAAGAUGAUAAGAUCCCAACUUCAUUAGAUGACAAGCCCAAGUCCCCCAUUGAGACAGUUAAGACCAUUCCAAAAGAGUAUUCGGACGAUGAAAGUGAAGAAGAGUUCGGAAUUCCUAGGCCCCAAGACAAGCCUGUUACCCAGCCAACUCCUUCGAUAGCUCCUUUAAUCAGUGUGGAAGAUAAAUCACCUCUUCAACCCGAUGACAAACCAAAGUCCCUUGACCAAAAAGACGAAAAGGUCCCAACUAAUCUAGAAGACAAGCCCAAAUCACCGAUUGAAUCAGUAAAGCCUAGUCCAAAAGAGUAUUCUGACGAUGAAAGUGAUGAAGAGUUCACAAUUCCUAGGCCCCAAGACAAACCUGUUAGUGAACCAACUCCUUCGGUAACUCCUUUCACUAGCCCUUCAGAUAAAAUCCUUCUUAAAGAUGACCUAAAGCCCAAGGAAGUUACCACUUUCAAGGCCGAAGAAACUUUAACCACAAUUCAAUCCAGCAUUAAGUCCGCAAGCACUUUUGUUGAAUCGGUAGACAGCAAGAUCCGCAAACCUUUAGAUCCUUUUACAAUCUUGAAAGACGAUAAGAUCCCAACUUCAUUAGAUGACAAGCCCAAGUCCCCCCUUGAGACAGUUAAGACCAUUCCAAAAGAGUAUUCGGACGAUGAAAGUGACGAAGAGUUCGGAAUUCCUAGUCCCCAAGACAAGCCUGUUGCCCACCCAACUCCUUCGAUAGCUCCGUUAACCAGUGUGGAAGAUAAAUCACAUCUUCAACCCGAUGACAAACCAAAGUCUCUUGAGCAAAAAGACGAAAAGGUCCCAACUAAUGUAGAAGACAAGCCCAAAUCACCGAUUGAAUCAGUAAGGCCUAGUCCAAAAGAGUAUUCUGACGAUGAAAGUGAUGAAGAGUUCACAAUUCCUAGGCCCCAAGACAAACCUGUUAGUGAACCAACUCCGUCGGUAACUCCUUUCACUAGCGCAUCAGAUAAAAUCCUUCUUAAAGAUGACCUAAAGCCCAAGGAAGUUACUACUUUCAAGGCCGAAGAAACUUUAACCACAAUUCAAUCCAGCAUUAAGUCCGCAAGCACUUUUGUUGAAUCGGUAGACAGCAAGAUCAGUAAACCUUUAGAUCCUUUUGCAAUCUUGAAAUAUGAUAAGAGCUCAUCUUCAUUAUAUGACAAGCCCAAAUCCCCCAUUGAGACAGUUAAAAACAUUCCAAAAGAGUAUUCGGACGAUGAAAGUGACGAAGAUUUCGGAAUUCCUAGGCCCCAAGACAAGCCUGUUACUCAGCCAACUCCUUUGAUAGCUCCGUUAAUCAGUGAGGCAGAUAAAUCACCUCUUCAACCCGAUGACAAACCAAAGUCUCUUGAGCAAGAAGACGAAAAGGUCCCAACUAAUCUAGAAGACAAGCCCAAAUCACCGAUUCAACCAGUAAAGCCUAGUCCAAAAGAGUAUUCGGACGAUGAAAGUGACGAAGAGUUCGGAAUUCCUAGGCCCCAAGACAAGCCUGUUACCCACCCAACUCCUUCGACAGCUCCUUUAAUCAGUGUGGAAGAUAAAUCACCUUUUCAACCCGAUGACAAACCAAAGACCCUUGUGCAAAAAGACGAAAAGGUCCCAACUAAUCUAGAAGACAAGCCCAAAGCACCGAUUCAAACGGUAAAGCCUAGUCCAAAAGAGUAUUCUGUCGAUGAAAGUGAUAAAGAAAUCACAAUUCCUAGGCCCCAAGACAAACCUGUUAGUGAACCAACUCCUUCGGUAACUCCUUUCACUAGCGCUUCAGAUAAAAUCCUUGUUAAAGAUGACAUAAGGCCCAAGGAAGCUACCACUUUCAAGGCCGAAGAAACUUUGAGCACAAUUCAAUCCAGCACUAAAUCCGCAAGCACUAUUGUUGAAACGGUAGAUAGCAAGAUCAGCAAACCUGUAGAUCCUUUUGCAAUCUUAAAAGAUGAUAAGAUCCCAACUUCAUUGGGAGACAAAUCCAAGUCCCCAGUGGAGACAGUAAAGCCCAUUCCAAAAGAGUAUUCGGACGAUGAAAGUGACGAAGAGUUCAGAAUUUCUAAGCCCCAAGACAAGCCUGCUACCAAGUCCACUCCUUUGAGAGCUCCGUUAAUCAGUGGGUCAGAUAAGUCACAACUUCACCCUGGUGACAAGCCCAAGUCUCUUGAGCAAAAAAACGAAAAGGUCCCAACUAGUCUAGAAUACAAGCCCAAGUCACCAAUUGAGUUUGACGAUGAAAGCAACAAAGAGUUUAAUGUUCCUAGGACUAAAGAAAAACCUGUUAAUGAACCAACUCCUUCCGCUAUUCCUUUGACUAGAGCUUCAGAAAUCCCUCUUAAAGGUGACGUAAUCCCGAAUGCACCCCUUACCAAGCCCUUUCCACAGGAUGCGAUGAUUACUAUUCCAAAGAAACAAGUGAUUCAUGAGACUGCCGAAGAAAUUAGAUCAGUUCAACAGAUUGUGGAGGAUACCAUUAGAGCUGGUGAUGCUGAGGUACAAAAAAUUGUGGACGAAACACUUAAGAGUAUUCAACAUUCUAGAAACUUGUGCAAUUUUAAGGAUCAGGUUGUAGGUGAAGAAAGAUCGGUGGAAGCAAUUGUCGAAGAAACACUUAAGAGUGCAAAGUUAAACGUUGAUAUUUGUAGGGAAGAUAAACUGUGUUCCACUAAUACAAAUAAAAUGGAUGCAAAAGAAGUUCGUCCGGUUGCAUACUUUGUAAAUUUGGACGAUGCACAGAAUUCGGUAACUCCCGCUAAGAAACAAGUUGUCAAAGCUCAACCGAAAAAAGUAACUAAGUUAGAUUCUGGGAAAAUAGAAAGGGAUGCCAGCAUUAAAUCGACGACUAAAACUACCAUUAGCAAACGAUCAGUUGGGGUUAAAGAAAAACCUAAGAAAGAUGUUAAAUCAACACCUGUUUUGCCAGCUAAAGGAAAGACACCCACUAUUAAGCAAACACCAAUUAGGAAAGCAAUAGCUACUGACAAAACGAAACUACCAAACAAAACCGAGUCAAGACGUUCAGUAACAAGCUCAACUUCGACUACCACGAGUUCAGCCUCCGCUACGAGUCGCGUAAUAAGCGAAAUACAUUUCGAGCGGUCUGCAAGCCCUGCGUCGAGUUCCAUUUUCUACGAGAGUCAUCCGCAAGGUGAAGGCAGCCGUUCUACUACCCCCAGACCUAGGGUUAAGACUGACGUGACACAAAUACCCUACCAUACUUCAAUUCGAUCAUUCAGCCCCCAACCAAAAACCACAAAGUCAGACAAGAAAACUUUGAAACAAAGUAAAACUACUGCCCCUCGAUCUACCAAAGAGCUUACAGAGAAGAGUUCAAAGAAAACUGAGAGAAUCGGCAGCCAAGAGCUCGUUGAGAAAAGGAAAACCCCUACACCGUCUGCCACCCACAGAUACAUGCAGCCCACCCUGGCCCACAGCAUGCGAUACGGAUUAAGUGGAGAUGGAGACGUUGGGCAGAGUGUCUCGCCAGCACCGCCAAAGUCCCCAGCCCCACCCAAAUCGCCGGCUCCGGCCAAACCCAAAACUACUCAACGAACACCUUCUAUAACAAGUGCCUUGACCAAGUCCACAUCCCAGAUAACAAGGCAAAAGAACACGAUUGCCGAGAAGAAACCAACACAACCACGUUCCCAGAUUAAGAGAGGCUCACAGAGUGAUAGCAAGGAGUCCCUGAAGAAAAGCACCGACCGCCUAUAUAAAAGACAAACAUCCAAAGAAAACAAGCAAACAAACGUGAUAGGCUCCAAGAGCCAAGCAACCAAAAGCAUGAAGACACAAUCAGCUAAUUCAGCCAAGACACUUGCCUACAGAACUUCCAUAGAGACCGAAAGCAAGCUUCAAAAGAAGACCACAGCCACUAUACAGCGCACCAAAGUUCCGAUUAGCGUGUCUUCCAGUGCAAGGACUGUAGCAAAGCUAAGCAAGAGUGAUGACACCGAAAAGAGACCUCAGGUAGACAAUAAGAAAACAGUUAAGCGAUCGGUAAGCAAGACAAGUGAAGGCGACGGCACUACGGCUACCACCACCAAAUCAACCAGAACCGUGCAAAGCUCCAUGGAGCCCAAGCUGCAAAAAAAGAUAAAGGACACAAUGAACGAGUCCAGUUCGAACUCCGGUAGCGGCACCACCAGUGCCAGUGGCUCCUCGAACAGUACGCGGCGAAGUGUGCGAUCCGUAAGCACAGUUAGCCGAAAAACGGACAAGGACCUGACAAACAUUCGGCGGGCAGCGGGUGCUGUCGCCGCGACAUCAACAUCGACCGUACGGGUGCAUCGGGAACCAACUGCAACCACCGGCGCUGUUAGCACCGUGCUCGUUGAUGACGACUGUGAGGUGAUAACCAUACGUUCCAUUAAAUCAAGCGAUAGUACAAAAAGUUCUACCUCAUCAUCCUCCGGUAGCGGCAGCAACAGUCGCAAGGUGCUAACCAGCGAGGUAUUCACUAAAACCUUCGGCCCCGACAGGCCGCUCGAGGUGGUCUACCGACAGCCCGAGUUUGAUGUAGAACACCACACCAUUAUGUCCGUGCGUCCGCCCUCCACCACUAGCAGCGAUCAGCAGCGGUGCAUCAACGAGUUCGAUGUUAGCUUCAUCGACACCACCGACUCCAGUCUAUCCGACUCCGUUGCCUUGCCCAUGUUUGGCUCCGGCGAUCCGGAGCGUCUGUUGGCCGCCAGUCCCGGUUCGCCCAAACCGACCCGCAGCCCCCUGGCCCUCAUAGAGGAGACCCUGCGCCGCCAGCAACAGCACCACCACCAUCAUCAGCACCACCACCACAGUAGCGUUGUUACACCCGGUGGUGCUGCUGCCCUCGAUCCUUCUCUGCCGAUGCAAGUGGCUUUUGGAGAGAGUCAACGUGAGGCGGAGGUAGAGAUGGAGAAGAGCAGCACUUCAAGAGAAACCCUUCAAGAAAAGAAAGUAGACCUAUCCAUUCUGGAUACAGCAAAGAUCUCACAAGAAAUUGGUGAUGUUAAAGUUGGUGGUGGUGAUGAUGAUGGUGAUGGCGAAGGCGAAGAUCUUGUGGCACGUAUUCGCGAGGAAGCCAAUAUUCUGGUGGAUCGCGUGAUUGAAGAGAGUGUCGAGAUCAUUGAGAGUCACGGUCAUCAGGCCAAUGGCCACGAGCUCGCUAAGCUGGAUUACAACUCAGAAAGUGAGAACUAUGCCAUUACAUGCGACGAUAUCGGCGGCGUCGAUGUUAUCAAAUCGCCCACCAUUGAGUCCAUGUCGGGCAAGUCGUUUGACGACAACAUGAGCUUCACCGACGAGCACAUACAUUUACCCUUGCAUGCCCAGAACACGACCACCACCAUGACAACGACAAUUACCACUCAGUUCCAACAGCAGCAGUCCCAGGUGCAGCUGCCCCAAGCCGUUGCCCAGGCUGCUGCCACAAGCACAUCGGCGGCAAAAGAUCCAGUACCAGUACUCGAAUCCCUAGCUGAACCUGUACCCGAACCCUUAGAGAGUAGUCGAGAACAGGCCAAAGAAGAGAGUGAGACGCGAGCGAGGCGCAUUGAUCGGAAGAUCGAGAAACUAUCCACGGACAUGGACGAUGUGAGCGCCAAGUUCGAUGAGGCCUUUGAGAUGUCGGUGCCCGAGGACGAAAUUAGUGCUCUUCAGGGAGACUUUUCAAAACUUAGCUGGGAUGACAGCGUGUCCCCAACAACCAAUACCAUGGCCGAUAUGGCCCAGAACCAAAUUACACCAGAUAACGAUGUUCAAGAUCUCACCGCAGAAACAGGCGGCGAUUUACCAAUCUCAAGUGAAACCGAAACCACUCCCGUACCACCGUCGAAAGAAUCGGAAACUAAAACCGAAACUGAGCCGACGGUAGAAUCCAAUGCAUUCACUACCACCAGCCACGAUACACCCACACCAAAACCACGAGUACUCAAAGCAAGCUCCCCAGUCUCUGAAGGCACCGAAAGCACUACCAUUCCUGGCCCAGUGCCUAAGCCCGAAAUACCGAUUGAUCUUAGUUUUGAUGCCGCCGGACCGGUUCCGAAGCCACGUGCUCCCAUUAAGCACACGGAACCCUUUGAAAACCUAGCUGCCCUAGCUGAGCAGUCCGAUAGCAUUAGUCUGAGGAGCUUUGAAUUUACCGAGGAUAUUUCCAAGACGGACGAGCCUUCCACAGAGCUCUCCAUCCGAUCCCAACUUCGCGAUAUAGUCACAACCACGACCACUGCUUCAGAGGAUCAUACCGAAAGCUUUGAGCCAACAAGUGAGAUUUCCGUCGAUGAUGCCGACACUGAAAAAUCUGAAGGCGCCGAAAAGACCACUAGCUUCUAUAUUGGGGAAUCUAGCCGUAACGUUAUCAUCAAGACCUCGACAAGAUCCGCAAGUGUUACACCACAAGAAGAAGAAGCCCAGGGCGAAAUUGGUAUCGAUGCCAAGGAUAUUUCUUUAAUGAAGGAGGUAUCCGUCGAUUCUGAUGAGGCCAACGAUGUUUUCAAGGAGUAUGUCACAAUGAAACCAGACGAUGCUGCUGCAGUGGACAGCAAGAUAACCAGACAAGGUUCGGAAACUAGAAAUGAUAUACUCGAAUUUGAGAACGCCGAUAAGGACAAGACAAGCGAACCGAAACUUUCCAAGGUGACCACUGAGGAAAGCUUAACCACGUCCACCGGAUCCAGCGGUCGUGCCAUUAUUGAAAUUGCACCUUCUAGCAGCGAAGAUCCCGAUGAGUCCAGCAAGGAGAUUCCGGAAAUAGUAAAUACAAUCUCCGAAAAGACGGCUUCCACCGAUCGAUUUGAAUUGCCUUUGGAAAAGAGUGAGUGGGAAACAUCAGAAAAGGAAAUUCCAACAGCGGGAAAGCCAAAAGUAGUUCAUUCGCCACAACAGCCCCAAGAAACAGACACAAAGAGUACGAUGGACAAGUCCCUUGCAGGUGAAGUUUUUGCCGAAGAGCAGGAAUUUGGGGAACUGCAGAAAAGGGAGUACAAGAGCUCGAUGGACACCAAAGAUUCAUUCGAGAAGACAACAUCAGAAUUUGGAUUCAGUACCAUGCCGCAAGGAUUUACAACCACUACUGAGACCGAGGAUAUAUCAUCAUUUAUUGGCAUACCCGAGGGAAGCAUGCAAACUUCAACAUUAGAUAGUACACAGCCUCCCGAAGGUCUGUUUGAUACCACAAUCAAGGAGACCCUCAAUAAGCAAGCAGCAAUGGCCCACUAUUCCCAGGAUGUUUUUGGCAAAGGGGAGAGACGUGAUGAUCACGGUUCCCUAGGUUUCAUUUCCACCGGUACAGCUGAAGAGCUAAGCUCCAUGGAAGAACACAUGGCAAAGGAGGAGCAGGCCUCCCUGGGCUUCGUUUCCACUGAAACCGCAGAAGACUUUAGCUCUAUGGAAGAUUACUUCUCCAAAAAAUUGGCCAUUGCCAGUGUGGUAGCAGAUGAAGUUGCUACCGACAAAUCAAUCACCACCAGCACAUUUGAGGAGCUCUCUUCGGAUCAAUCCAUGAAACCAAUCGACGUUGUGGUGCAUCGUCUUAAGACCGAGUCAUCGCCGGAUUCCAUCAACCGUUGGUCUAUUCCGGAUGUAGACACCUCAAGUUCCAGCGAUAGUUUCCACAAAAGCUUCGACAAGACCCAGAGUCGACCUCUGUCCUCAGAUAUGGAAAACCUAAUGACAGCCACUGGCACAGGUACUGGUACCUCAAGUGAGUAUCAAACUGCCCGGGAAUUUAGCACCACUGGUCGCACAGAGGGAACCGAAUAUAUUAGUGCAGUCAGUACCCUUGGCAGUAGUAGUCUAGACUCUCAUUCAGAGACUUCGGCCAACUUUGCCAGCAUUGAUGUUUCCGAACUGUCGGAAACGCUAGUGGCCUCCUCCGCUGAAGCAGAAGCCUUUGAAGCUGAUGAGAUGUCACGACUGCGUGAUCUUCGGGAUGAUGACGAGGACAGUGAUGAGAGCGUCGAACUGCCUGGAACUGCUUAUCCAACCAGCGAGCAGCAGAGCCUGAUGAAACGAUCUCAGGAAAUGAUUUUCAAGCCCAAGGCUGAGGAGGAAGAGGCACUGCCUAUUGAGGUUGUGCAAAUCGAAGAAUAUCUCAAGCCCAAAGAGGCCGAACGCACGUGGGGCUUAGCCUAUCCUCUAGAAGAUAGCAAGGCAGACAGCCCGCGGGAAAGCGAAAAGGGCGAGGACAUUCUAUUGUAUCACGGAGACCCACGUCGGUCCAUUGACGAGUCCAAAUUAGCCUCCAGCUUAGACGAAGGCAGCAUUCUUUCGGUUAGCAUGUCCAGCACAUCCAACAUUGAUACUGUUGUAGAGAACUUUGAUGAUAUUAUUGGAUCGGCGGGAUCUUCCUCGCUGACCGGCAUCGAAGGUUUCCAGUAUGGCCAUGAUGAGUCGAUUCCAUCUGCCUCAGUACCCGAAGAUGCCACAUUUAUGCUGGAAAUGGACAGCAAGGAGCAUUCGCCGCAGGAUUCUAAUGCCAGUACACCACCAGGAGGAGAAUCAAAACGUCGGGGACACAAGCGAAAUGAGAGCAUCUCGGGGGAUGCGUUGAAGAACUUAGACAAGGAGGUGGCCCUACUGGGAGAAGGCAAGGAAUCAGAAAGCGAGUCCGACACGGAUCCGUACGAGUCAGAAUACGCUCGCCAGUUCCGUUCUCCCAAAGAACGAAAGAGCAAAAAAAAGAAGCAGGCUGCAGCCGAAAUGGAUCACAGUGGUGAACUGGAGAAGCGUCCGUUUACCCCUUCCCAGCUGGUGGCCGAAGUAAUCGUGGAGGAUAGUGCCACAGAGGAGCUGGAGGCAGAGGCAGCUAUGAUCGAAGAGCGUCGACCUUCACAGAACAUGCAAGACUACUCAAACAUACCCGACAUAAUGGUCACUGAGGACAUCAAGUCACCCAUCUUGGAGGAGGAGACGGACGAGUUCCCCGAAAAGAUUCUCUACAAGGUCCGCACCGAGGAGGAGUUGCACAAGGCCAGCGAUACCUCGGUGUACCAGAAGGCCAAGGCCGAGGAGAAGGAGCAGGACUUUCAAAGAAGAGUACAGGAACAGUACCGCCAAAAGCUCGAAGAGCUAAAGCGGGCUGAGAUUGGAGCCGAAUACGAUGACCACAAGGCUCCCGACUCGCCAGACUCCUUCGAAAUGGUUGAACAACCCGAUAUCUCGGAUGAGUUUGUGAUCAUUGAAGAAGUGGCGAAGGAGGCCAACGAGGUGGACCUUGGAGGUCAGAGCAUCAAAAUUAAGCCAACGAAGUACGAGCAGAAGCACGAUGAAGAUGUUGAAAAGAUCAUCAUUAAGUCAGCGCCAGCAGAUCCCAAGCUGGGUUCACAACUCUACAAGGACGAUCUGAACUUCGAGUUCGAGGAGAGUCCACCGACGGCAGCCAGCAGCAGUAGCGAGCAGCAGGAGGAGAGUGACUCCAGCGAAACUGCAGCUGCCAACAAGCGCUGGGUAGAGAUGCAGUUGACGGAUAACCAGCUACGGUACCCUUACGAUCUAGCCGGAGCCGUACUGGAGGACAUUAAGGAGGAAGACGGCGAGUUCGAGGUGGGCAGCAGUCGCAUCAGCAGUUUUAAGGACUCCUUCUCCAGCACGCCGGAGUACGAUGUGGCAGCUCGUCGUUAUCAUUCCCGUGGCGAGCACGAUGAUGUCUCGAUGAGUAGUCUGCAGGAGUUCGAAUCUCUGGAGCAGGCCAUUUCGCUAGAGAAUCGGAAUCGCACUCACCAAGGCUCUACGGACUCGAGCAAUGGAAGUUUCACCCGCCGGUAUGUGGUUCGUCACAGUGCUAGUGGAGCUGCCCCUGGUGACGAUGUAUCGGUCUCCAGUCUGAAGGAUUUCGAGGGUCUCGAGAAUGCCUGCAUUGAAGCCCACCUGAUAGAGAUCAAGGCUAGGGAGGAAGCCGCGCUGCUUUCACGCUCUGACGAGUCCAACAAAUCGAAUGGCAGUGACAAAGGAGCCACGGGUAAUGUGGUGGUAACCAAGGUCACGCGAACCGUAACCCGCACCGAAGUGGUGCCCUCCAGUCAGGCGGAGAACAUCGAAGCCCUGCUCAAGCACAAGUUGGAGCGCGAUGAAGGAUCCGCCCAAGUGAAAGUAACCGACGUGAGCACCACAGAGUUGGAGCCCAAGUCGAAGAUCGACAGUCAGGAUUCGGAGAAGGACAGCAUCGAUAGCAUGGAGAUUAGCAAGAGCCACGAUAUGAUGACUAGCAGCAUAGAGAGCUUUGACAUUUCCAAGGAUGCCACCACGAGAUCGGACAUUGACUCCCUGGAGAUCGACAAGCGGCACUCGCGACAGGAGAGCAUAGAGUCCUUUGGCGAUGAGCAAUUGGAUCUGAUGAGCAAGUUCGUCAGCAGCGGAGGAGUUACACUGGGAGAUGGUCUGACCACGACCACAACCACCACCACCACCAGCACCGAUGCCGAUGGACAUGAGCACACGGAGACUAGGGUGAUAACCACAACAACGACCGUGGGCGGUGGCAUUCAGGAGCUCCCGAUGGAUGAGUCCGGAAUGUCAAAGGACGUUUCGGUGGAUUCCCUGAACCUUUGCAUGGAACAAACGACCAGUUCGGCUGGCACAACGGCCACCUACCAGACCAGUGCUGGUAACUCCCAGAUGUCCGGGAGCGUUACGAGCUGUGCUUCCAGCACUCUAAUGGAGGAUUCGUUCCCUGGUGUGGGUGGUAUGUCGUCGUCGCAAAUGUCGGCCAGUUUUUGGUCCCACGAUGAGUCCACGGUGGUCGAGGACGAAGGACACGAUCCUGCGAAGAAGCCGGACCAAGGCCAGUAAACGCCACAGGGGAUUGAGAGAGAGAGAGAGAGAGAGAGGGAGAGACAGAGAGAGAUAUAAAAGAAGUCACACGUAAUCCUAUAUGAAAAUGGGGCUUGAACGGUGACAUAGAAUAUUCGGCUAGACAAGGCGCCCUUCUAGGCGCGGCACUAAUGGAUGAACCUGUGGCCGGAGAACGCAUCUUCACCGGCUCUGAACAUCACCGAUUUCAAAUCGAACAGCCAGAGGGAUUUAUUAAUUAGCAAAUUUGACAUUUUCCAUCUACACACACACAUUUUUAAUGAUAUUGAAGUGCAUACACGAGUUUUUAAAGGCAAAUAUAUAUAUUUUAUAUAUUUAUAAAAACUAUAAAAUCGCAAACAUGAAUACGAAUAUGAAUAUGGCAAGCAUAGGCCUUUCAACGCAUUUUCUUAUUGGCUUUAAUGUUUAAAAAUUUAUUAAUACUAAAACAGAAACCGAAACCUUUUGUGCUAGAGCGUUGUAAUGAAAUAAUCCUUUGCUUUUAAAUUGGUGUAGUUAUUAUAUAUGUACAUGUACGAUGGAUACUUAUUAUUAAAUGAAUCGCUUAUUAUUGUAGUUUAAUUUAAGCAAUUAUACAAACGCAUGUGGAAAAGGGGACGUAAUGAAAUAGCCGAUGCCUGGCAAGUGAAAUGCUUUUAAAGUCUCAUUUUUUACAAGAACCAAGCAAAUUUUUUCGCUUGCAUUUUUAACAGUGAAAUAUACAUAAAUAUACAACCUGAAAAAAAAUGCAUAGAUCAAAUUUAAAACAUAUACUAACAGAUAUGAAAUUAAAUCACAUAGAAAUACCACAAACAGCCAUGAAGUGUAUUGCUAAUUUUCGUAAAGCACAUCUUACGUGAACGAGUAUUCGUCAAGAACCUACUUAUUGAAAGGAUUUAAACGUUUUAGCAUCACCACAGUAAUGGAAUAUGAAUAAAGAUAAUAUUUGUGUUAAAAACAUACAAGAAAUAUUAAAAAAAACAACAUUAUUGUAUUGUAAACCCACACGCGUAUGAAUAACCAAAUAAAAUGCUUAAUAAUAUUU